AUGGAUCGGAUUGAUGAUAUUGAACGUGAUUCAUCUUCCGGGGGGAAGAGGAAUCAUGAGGUCUCUUCCACUCAUGUCGGAGAUGAGCCUGGAAAGAAGUUGCCUCUAAGAAAAAGAAUCGCCUCUGUUAUAUGGGAUUCGCUCGACAAGACACCAGAAGAGCGAAGAUUCAUUGCAAAGAUCGACUUUUGGAUUUUGAGCUAUUGCACUAUUAGCUAUUGGGGCAAGUACAUGUGCCAACAAAAUGUAACGAAUGCAUAUGUCUCGGGCAUGAAAGAAGACCUCAACAUGUCUGGAAACGACUUGAACCUGCUCACAACGUACUGGAAUAUUGGCUACAUUCUCGGCCAGAUACCUUCGCAACUGAUUCUGACCAAAGUCCGGCCCUCAAUUUGGCUGCCCUCCCUGGAGCUCGCCUGGAGCUUUGUCGUCAUGGGUAUGGCCGGCGGUAAAAAUGUGUCGACAAUGUAUGCCCUGAGAUUCGUCUCGGGUUUGUUUGAGGCGUCAGCCUACCCGGGCAUCAUGACCUUGCUUGGCAAUUGGUACACUCCAAUGGAGCUAGGAAAACGAGCCAGCAUCUUCCAGGCCUCUUCGAGUGCUGCUCAAAUGUUUUCCGGAUACCUACAAGCGGCACUAUACGCCGGUAUGAACGGGCGAGGCGGUCUCGCAGCAUGGAAGUGGCUCUUCAUCUUCGACGGCAUCAUUGGUGUCCCUAUUGGUAUCUAUGGCUACUGGGCGAUCCCAGAUCAACCUACAACGUCCAAGGCUUGGUGGCUCAAACCCAAAGAUCGAGAAAUGGCCAUUGCUCGAAUGGAGCGAGUAGGACGUAAGCCAAUGAAGCGUCUUACUUGGAAAAUUAUACGCAGCAUCUUUACCUCUUGGCCGCUCUACCUCUUCUGCGCCAUCUUCAUCUGCCACGUCUUGGGUAUUCGCAUUUACAGUUACAUGAACCUAUGGCUGAAGGCGACCAAGCUGUACACCACAGAAGAGGUCAACAUCAUACCCACGGCGGGAUACGGACUGCAGAUAUUGUUCACGGUAAUGUACGCCUGGACGUCGGACGCGACGGGCCUGCGCUGGCCAACCAUUAUCGUGGCUUGCCUCGUGGCCAUGAUCGGCACCAUAAUCCUCAGCGUCUACCCGGAGCACAAUAUCUCGGCCAUGAUGGCCGGCUGGCUAUUGACCUUUUGCGAAACCGGCGCCGGCGCACUGAUCAUCACGUGGAUCAACGAGAUUUGCUCUCACUCGGCCGAGCACAGAGCCAUUAUAAUUGGCAUGGUCGAGACGGCGGCGUACACUUUCCAGGCCUGGGUUCCCUUGUUCGUCUAUGAUACCACGGAGGCGCCCAAGUUUCGCAUCGGAUAUAAAAUGGCGACUAUUUUCUUCGCCUUGGAGAUUGUCUUUACGCUCGUCAUCCUUUGGCUGAGUAAGACACGGCCGCAGGUUGCCGAGGAAGAUAUCGGACAGGGCGAUGCGGGCAGGGCCCAGGAGCUGUCUAACGGAACAACGACAGACGCAUGA